UAGUAAUCCUUUAACCAUCCAUCCUCUAAAAUCUUUAACCUCUUUAGACUCUGUCCGUUUUAUAAAGAGUGCUUUAAGUACAGUAAAAAUUGUUAUUGAGAGUGUUGAUAAUAUGCCUUUUAGUCGACAGUGAACUUUGAUGGGGAAGAAGAAAGUUAAUCAGAAGGCCGUCUGGGUGAUACAAAAUGUCUCCUCUUUGCAAUCUGAGGAAAUUUUUACUGAUCCAUUUGUAAUUGGUGGCUGCAAAUGGAAACUUCUAGCAUCCUGUCUCAAGAAAUAUGACGUCGAAUACCUGUCUCUUUCUCUGGGGCAUGUUGCUGAUUGUGAAUCAUUGACGUUUGAGUGGAGAAGAAAAGCCUAUUUCUGCAUUACAGUAGUAAACCAACUUUCGAAAAAACUCUCAGUAUGGGAAGAAACAAAGCAUUGGUUUGAUGGGAUUCCUCCUCGCUACUAUUGGGGUUUUACAUCCAUGAUACCCCUUACUGAACUUCUCGCAGAGAACAGCGGGUUUGUGGUAAAUGGAGAACUCAUGAUUGUAGCUGAAAUAAAGGUCUUAUCUGUUAUUGGCGGAUUAGAUGUAACAGGGGAAUCCGAAAAGGCAUCCAAAUUGCUGACCAAGACGAAAGAAAGCUUGGAUGUCACUGCGUUUCAAAUUCUUCCUUCACAGGAAGAACCAUUGAUCACAUCAAUGGCGAAGCAAGUUGGAAAGGAGUUCGUGUGGGUGCUUCAAAACUUCUCCUUUAAUUCUGACAAGUGUUAUUCUGAUCCGUUCGUGAUCGGUGGCCUCCAAUGGCAUCUUCUUGCUGAAUGUGACCUUGUGUUUUUGUAUCUGUCUCUGUGCAUUGCUGAUUGUCAAUUAUUGCCUUCUGAAGCUGUAAAAGUUCGAUUAAAGAUAGUAAAUCAACUAUCUGAAAACCUAUCCAUAUUGAAAGAGUCAGAUCAUUGCUUUGAUGAGCAGUCUCCUUCCUGUGGUUAUGCAAUUCCCUCAGAGGUCCUUGCGAAAGACGGUGGUUUUUUGGUAAACGGAGAGCUAACGAUUAUUGCUGAGGUUCUGGGCACAUCAGAUGUUUUUGAUGAUUUCAUUCCCCUGAAAAAGUUCAAUGGGUUUCAUGUUCAUCCUUCACAGGUACAAUCUGUGAGGCGUAUAUUUGAAAGACACCCUGACAUGGCUGUACAAGUCCGUGCAAAGAACCAACAUCUGAGGACUACAUUUAUGAAUUUCCUUACCAGCUUAAUCGAGACGCUGUGCCAGCCACUUCAGGAGCUCUCCAAUGAAGAUCUGGAGGAAGCAGACAUUGCACUAAAAUACUUGAAAGAUGUGGGAUUUAAGGUGGAUUGGUUGGAGGGGAAGCUGAACAAAGUAAAAGAAAAGAAGGACAAAGAGCGGUCUUGCGAGGCCCGAGUGCAAGAACUGGAGGCACAGCUUCAUGAUUUGAAGCUCAAGUUCGAGAUGGAGAAGGCAGAGUUGUCGGCCACCAGAACUCCUCUCUCCUUCGAUGAUGUUGUUUGAUCAUUCUUGUUUUAAGAUAAAGAGUUUUUCUUAAUGAACUCUUAUGUAUUUCCGAAGUUGUCACUUUGUGCGGAGAAAAGUCUUUUGCGGCUGAUUUAUCAAUGUUUCAGCUACCAAAUUUGUUA